CGCAAAGGGUGUUGCCUGUCCAAACCCCCAGUGUGUGGCCCUCUCUCGCGUGGGCUGGAGCUGUGCGAUCCAGGCCGGAAAAGUGCCGGGGCUGGGCCAGGUUUCCGCGCCCCUGCCGCUGUCUCCUCCCUGCGCCCCGCAGGCCCGCCCCUUCUUCCCAGCCCGCCGCUCUCUUCCUCUGUGUCGGCCCCGGGAGCCGCAGCGAACCCCGGCCAGGCCGCGCACGCGCCCCUCCCUCGCUCCCCGGCUCUCCCUCUCUGCCUCUCUCUCUCCUCCCGGGAGCGCAGCCGCCGCCGCCGCCACCCCCGUCGCAGCGGGCCCAGCGCAGAGCCGAGCAGGAAGGGAGCCACUGGCUCUGCCGCCGCCGCCCGGAAAGGCCUCGGGCAGAGGGGGAUCGGAGCAGAGCCCCGGCCGGGCGCGGGGACAUGGUGACGGGAUGGCCCGCAUCGCAGACGCCUUCCCUCUGCACCUGCUCGUCUGGCACAACCGGCACCAGGCGCUGGACAGCGAGCUGCGCAAGGGACAGCAUGAUGUCGAAAUGCUGGACCCACGUGCCCGGACACCCUUGGAACUGGCUGUGUCCCUGGGGAACCUGGAGUCUGCCCGGGUGCUGUUGCGACAUAACGCCAACGUGGGCCGGGAGAAUGCCAAUGGCUGGACAGUCUUGCAGGAGGCUGUGAGCACAGGGGACCCAGAGAUGGUGCAGCUGGUGCUCCAGUAUCGUGAUUACCAGCGUGCCACGCAGCGCCUAGCCGGCAUCCCAGAAUUGCUCAACAAACUACGCAGCGCUCCAGAUUUCUAUGUGGAGAUGAAGUGGGAGUUUACUAGCUGGGUGCCUCUUGUCUCCAAGAUGUGCCCAAGUGAUGUGUAUCGGGUGUGGAAGCGUGGUGAAAACCUGCGAGUUGACACUACGUUACUGGGCUUUGAGCACAUGACCUGGCAGCGGGGCCGACGCAGCUACAUCUUUAAAGGCGAAGAAGAGAAUGCGGUGGUGAUGGAGGUUGACCAUGACAAGCAGGUUGUGUACACUGAAAUGUUGUCACUGGCCUUGCACGAACCUGAACUGAUGCUGGCUGCCAUGCAGCCUUCUGAGGAGCACGUGGCCAGCCGGCUUACUUCGCCCAUCGUCUCCACCCACCUUGAUACCAAGAACAUUGCCUUUGAGCGAAACAAAUCUGGCAUCUGGGGCUGGCGCUCAGAGAAAAUGGAAACCAUCAGUGGCUAUGAAGCCAAGGUUUACAGUGCCACCAAUGUGGAGCUUGUCAUCAAAACCCGUACUGAGCACCUGUCAGACCAGGACAAAACACGCAACAAAGGUUCCAAGACUCCGUUCCAGUCCUUCCUGGGAAUCGCCCAGCAGCAUGCCGCCCAGAAUGGGGCCCCUGUGCUGCAGUCGGCCAGCCCCACCAAUCCAACAGCUAUUACUCCUGAAGAAUACUUUGACCCCAACUUCAACUUGGAGACCCGCAAUAUUGGCCGCCCUAUUGAGAUGUCUAGCAAGGUGCAGAGGUUCAAGGCCACUCUGUGGCUAUGUGAGGACCACCCUCUCUCCCUGGUGGAGCAGGUGACACCCAUAAUUGAUCUGAUGGCUAUCAGCAAUGCCCACUUUGCUAAGCUGCGUGACUUCAUCACCCUCAAGUUGCCUCCUGGCUUCCCCGUCAAAAUUGAGAUCCCCCUCUUCCAUGUGCUGAAUGCCCGGAUCACUUUCAGCAACCUGUGUGGCUGUGAUGAGCCACUGAGCUCAGUGCGGAUCUGCACUCCAACCAAUACCCCUGGGAGCACCGAGGAGCCGACUGCUGGGGCAGAAGCAGUCAACAACACCAAAGUAUACCCUUUCCCUUGCGAGGUGGACCCAUCAGUAUUUGAGGUGCCCCAGGGCUACACAAUGCUGGGCGCAGGCCGUACCGAACCCAUGAGGGAUGAGGAUGAUGACUUACUCCAGUUUGCUAUUCAGCAGAGCCUCCUGGAUGCUGGCACAGAGACAGACCAGGUCACCAUAUGGGAAGCUCUGACCAACACACGGCCAGGAUCCAAUCCCCCAUCCUAUGAUGAGGAGCUACAGCUGGAACGGGCUAUUCAAGAGAGCAUGUUCCUUCAGUCAGGCCCGGGCCCCGGCACAGGCCCAGGCCCAGACAUAGGCCCAGGUCCGGGCCCGCCAGGCCCAGUGGAGUCAGGAGGUGGCAAUAGUGCCCCUCCUCCUGAGAGCAGCCCAGCUCUCAGCACAAAUGGUGGCAGCUCCUCGGCUUUGCCUCCACCCUACCCCAGCUUUGAUGAGCAGCUGCGUUUGGCCAUGGAGCUGUCAUCGCGGGAGCAAGAGGAACGGGAACGCCAGCGUCGCGAGGAAGAGGAGGAGCUGCAGCGCAUCCUUCAGCUCUCCCUGACGGAGAAGUAGCAUCCCAGCCUGCCAGCAAGGGGCCCCUAGCCUCCCUUAAGCCUCACACCACCAAGCCUAACUGUCCUUGCUGUCAUUGUAUUUUUAACCUCUUGGGGGGGGGGCACGGGUGGAGUGGGUUCCAUGCCUCUUAACCAUGGAGGUCAGGCUGGAUGUGAGAAGACAGCACCUUCUGCAUUUCCCGGGACUCACUUGGUUCCAUCCUCUGGUAUUAUUUCCUUUAAUUUUUUUUUAAAAAAUUGAUUUAUUUCAUCCUUCACUGAGGAAAUGUUUUAUACAGCGGAGAGAGGAGAGAGAAAGAGAGAAAAGGAGCAGCAGCAGCAGAUAGAGAAAUGCAGAAAGAAGAAAUAUUUGAGGACAUUUUUGUCACCUCGGUGUGAGAGUGAGGUUUUCUGAUAUAAAUGCACUGCUGUCUCUAUCCUUGCAAGAAUUUGGGCCUGCUGGAGAUGGGGCCUAGUUGGGGAAGUGGCAAUAGAGAGGGUGGAGGGCUGGAGCUUGAUGCAUUGUUGUUUGCAGUGAGACCUGAAGCCGGCCUGCAGCACAAUGAAUAACUUUCUGUCCUGCAUUUUCCCCCUCCUCAUUGUGAGCUGCUCCCCACUCCGUGUGUUUAAUUUAUUUUAUUUAUAUCUCUGAAGAUAUAUACAAGAAGGGGAGUGGGAGGUGUGUACUUUUUUUUUUAACUGAACCCAGUGGGUCUAAAGGGAACAGCUGUGCCCACUCUUAAGUGGCUUUCUCCUGUCGUCUGGGGACCAGGCACAGGGGGCUCUGGGCAGCAGGAACUACUAAAUAAAACUAAGAAACCAGCA